AUGUCUGCAAGAAGGUUGGAAGAGGAUGAAGUUCAUGAGGGAUUUUCUCAAGUUGAGCAAGUCUUUAUAGUGGGUCAAGGGGAUGGGGUUCCCUUGGUUCGCGAGGACAUGACUAAUGGGGAGAUUAGAGAGGCUCUCCUUGCAUUAGCCCGAGUCAUAACAACUCAUGUGAAUGGAGGUGUAGAGAAUAGGGUGAAUGCUUUAGAGAGUACCAUGACCUCUAGAUUUGGGAACUCUGUGAGUAUGAAUCCUGCUAUCUUCCUUGGUUAUAAGGUGGGAGAAGAUCCCCAUGAGUUUCUAAAAGGAGUGCUAGUUGAGUCGGGUCCUAUAGAGUGGGAAGAGUUGAAGGAAGCUCUCUUAGGAAAGAACUUUCUCCGUGAGAGGAGUGAGGAGAAGAAGAGAGCCUCAAAUCAAGAUGAGGCUAGUGAUACUAAGGACAAGCUUGAGAGAGGUGGUGGUUCUAGAAUUGUUAAGCCUACUUGUUCUACUUGUGGGAAUAAACAUGUUGGGAUGUGUCUAACCGGUACCGGUGUUUUCUAUGGUUGUGGUAAAGAUGGUCAUAAGGUGAGGGAUUAUCCUACUAUUGCCGCUAGAGGAAGAAAGGCCAAGCAAGUUCCUCCUUAUCCUCCGAACUAG